UAUACGUCAACACAGAAACUUCCGGGACUUUUAGAGUAAAUCUUAUUUUGACGUGACGAUGGAGUAGAGGCUUGAUCAUCGCAUAGUUUUACCAAAUAAUGACGUCUAUAGAAUAGAAUCAGCCAAGAUAUCAAGUGUAAAACUAAAUAUUGAAUAUGGCGACGCCGACUGGAGCGGAGGGAGGCACCACGCCCCCCGGAGGAGCAGAUUCCGCGGACACAGAUGCAGGGACAUUUUAUGAGUGCAACAUUUGCCUAGACACUGCACGUGAUCCAGUUGUCAGCAUGUGUGGACAUUUGUUUUGCUGGCCCUGCCUUCAUCAGUGGUUGGAGACUCGUCCACAGAGACAGAUGUGUCCAGUGUGUAAAGCAGGUAUCGGCAAGGACAAGGUUAUUCCAGUGUAUGGCAGGGGCUCCAGCAACCAGCAGGACCCAAGAGAAAAACUGCCACCAAGACCUGCAGGUCAAAGAUCUGAACCAGAAAAUCAAGGAGGGGGAUUCCCAGGAUUUGGUUUUGGAGAUGGAGGAUUCCACAUGUCAUUUGGAAUUGGUGCUUUUCCUUUUGGAAUUUUUGCCUCAACAUUUAAUUUCAAUGAUGGACGACCAGGCCCAGCACCACCUGGUUCGCCACAGAAUCGUGAGGAACAAUUCCUGUCAAAAGUGUUUCUAUGGGUAGCAGUGCUCUUUCUCUUCUACUUGCUCAUUGCAUAGUCAACCUCAAGGAACAUGUUACCAAGUGAAAAAAAAUUCUAUUUAGAAUUGUGAGUGAUGGAUCCAGGAAGGAGGGGAAUUGGUUGAAUAGUAAAUAGAAUUCAUUAAAUUAACCAAAUCAAGUUGACCUAUUUACAACACUUUCCCUUUAGAAUUUGAACUACGUUUAAAAAUUCGCCUCUAAGUGCUCCGUGGUGAAAAUGUUGCAGGAUGUAAGUUUUCAUUGCUACAAGAAGUGUGUAGGUGUGGAGAGAAAAAUGAAAUCCUGGAUCUAUGUUUUCUUGUAAAUUGUUGUGAUUGUAAUGUCAGCCAUGCUGACAGAUCCUGUGGCCAUUGAUGAAUAUUAAAAUGAAAAACCUUCUAGAGUAGAUUUCAAAUAAAUUGUGUUCAUUAGAUACUCAGAAAAUGGUAAAAGGUAUUUUAAAAGAGGAUUUCUUGUUUUCUCUUUGUAAGAUUAAGCAUUAAAUCAAGCAUCAUGGUGCCCAACUCCGAAAUCAUCUUAACAUUAUUUUUAAAAGAAAGAUUUUGUGCUUACUAUAUUAAUAAAUGUACAUAUUUAAGCAGUCAUCUUAGUAAUUCUGCUAAAAUUAUGACUGCGCUAAUUUCAAAAUCCUUUAAUUUUCUAUGGCAAAUAUUGUGGAAUGCGCAAAUCCAUCACUGCACAAAUCUUUAAAUUCAGUUUUGUGCUUAAAUUUGAGUGCACCACCGCAUACAGCACAGGGGCUUGGCAAGAUUUCCUACCCACGGCCAUUAUGUAUGGACUGUGGGUUGGAAAUUCAUGCUAAGUCCCAGUGGUUUAAAGUAUUAAAAUACAAUGUACAAAAAUUGUAUAUUGAAAUUCAUUUCUAAUACCAAUGAUGGAGAAGGCUAAAUAUCUUUAUUUCCAGACAUGAAUGAACCAGAAAGUAGUUAAAAUGUUUCCAUAUAUGUUGACAGAGACUGCUUAUGUUUUAAUAACUUGUAAUUAAAAGCUCCAAAUUUAACCCCACUGAUGAAGUUUUCACAUUUUCAGACCUAUUUUUUUUUUUUUUUUUUCAUCAGAUCAUGAUUUUUGUAUUUAUUAACUAAUUUUGUAUAAAGCAGAUCAUUUAUUACAAACCUGGUUUCAAGAUCUAGUACACAAGUAUACAAUGUAAGUAGAAAACGUUUAAUUUUUUGUGUAUGUAUACAAAUUUUGUUGAAAAUUACUGUAAAAAUCAGAAUCGAUCAUUUUCAGACAGCAUUGAAUGAAACCCUGGUAAAAGUUAAAUGGUGCAAUUUUUGUUCAUUGCGUGCGAUUCAAUUUUCAGGUUUUCAUUUUAGUCAGAGUUAGUUUACACAGUCAGUGUUAGCAUAAAAUUGGUUUGUUCUGUUCAGAAUCUUACAAAAGGUUAAUUGCUUUCCUUGGAAUAUAAUUACAAGGAUUUGUAUAAAUGUCAAAUUAUUACACCAAAUUUCAAUUCUGAAGGAAUGAAUAUACAAAAAGGAUAUAAAACUUCCGUGAAGUUUCAGCAAUAUCAUUCUUGUUCAAAUUCCGAUUAAUUUCAACCAAACAGCAGAAAUUGAUUUUGCUCAACUGACAGUAUUAAAAUUAAUCAGGUCAAGAUAUGCAGUAAAAACGGAAACCAUGAGUUAUGAAAAUGACUUUAAGUUACAUGCAAAAUUGGUGUAUAAUGUUGUCACUAAUUUAUAAGCAGACAAACUAGUUAAUGUAGGUAUAAGUCUAUUGCCAUCCGUAAGAUAUUAUUGCUCUUCAAAUUCAAGGUCAUUUGUGCAUUAAGUGCAGCAGAUAUGUACAUAUAUAUAUUGACAUAAAGGAAGGGUUUGUAUGUUUGGUAGAAAGUCUAUCUUUGGGAAGGUUUAAAGCAAUUAGCAAGAAUGUAAGUGUAAUUAAUUUAUUGACAGAAUAUUGGUAUGAUGUUGCGAUGCCUCUGUGCUGAUCUGUAAGGAACAGGCCAGAUAGGUACCAUGCCCCUGUGAUUACUUAUGAAUUAGAGAGCAUGAAUGGUGCCAUGCCCCUGUGUUUAUUUACAAAUUACAGAACUAGUGGUGCCACCCUUUGUUUAUAAAUUACAGGACCAGAGUGGUGCCAUGCCCCUGUGUUUAUCUAAAAAUUACAGGACUAGAAUGGUGUCAUGUUCCUGUGUUUAUCUAAAAAUUACAGGACUAGAAUGGUGCCAUGUUCCUGUGCUGCAUUUCUGUUUCCAACUGAAAAUUGUACGUGUACCUUUAAUAUAAACAAAAUGUACUGUGAAAGAAUAUUUUAAUAAUUAAUUUAAAAACUCAAAUUUGAUUAAUAUAGAUAUAUAGUAAAUAAAUACUCGAGAUAUUCAUACUCAAGGUCAUGGUAAGAGUUGUAUUUCAGAUCUAAAAGAAUCAGAGAAACUAUUUUCCCUACUUUUAAAAGGACUAUAGAAAUAGACCAAGCUUGUUUAUCCUAGUUAUAUAUGUUCAACAAUAAUUUCUGGGCAAUUGAAGUACUAUGGACAAUACUUGGUGUAAAAAAACAGGGUUUUUUUGUUUUUGUUUUUCAUAUAUUGUAUCAUAUACGUAACUGAAAUGGACAAUAAAACUCAUAAACACUGAGUGGUAUUCUUGAAAAAAAAUCCUACCAAGGAUAAAGCUAACAGUCAGAAUUUGUUUUACUUGAAAACCAGAAUCAAUAGAGAAUAUUUGUGUAAGUAUCAUUCCAAUUGUUCUAUUUGAAAGAACAGUUCAUUGUUGUUUAUCGUAGAAUAUUGUAACUCAUUUUUAACGUAACUCAUUUUGUUAAAAAUGAGAAGUCUGAUGUACAGUUGUCUUUACUAAAGAUGUACUACCUCCAGAUCAGUGACUUUAUCUGGCGGAAGUAUGUACAUGUAUAAGCUACUACAUUGUAUUUCCAAUUUCCAUUCAUAUCAUCACAUAUUUUUGAAGAUUUGUCAAAUACCUGUAUAUAGAAUGAAAUUGAAGAACAACUUAGCACUUCUUACAGCUGUGGAAAACAUGUGUGAAAUAUGUUGUAAUAAGUUGUAAAAUAUUUUUGUGCUUUUCUCUUUCUUUCUGGAGGUAAAUAACAAUGAUAGUGCAAUUUCCUUUAAAUUAUUGCUAAAGAAAUUUAAAGUUUUAAGAAAAACAUCAAGUUGAACAUUUUGUUAGUAUUCUUGUGUAAAACAACACUUUCUGAUGUUACACAAAGAUUAUUGUGGCCAAGAGAAAAAGAAAAUUACAGCUGUUGCUUGGUUAAUUAUUCGAAAGUAUAUAUUGUAAUACGUACUGUGGCCGAUAUUCAACCAUAUAGAGGCACUAGGCAAAAUGAUAUAUUUAUUAAUCAUUGUUUUGUAUAUUGAUUGUUGCGAAUAAAUAACUUCAAAUUUC